GAAAAAUUUUCAGCUGAUAGCACCGAACACCCUUUACGUUGUCCCGACCCUAGAUCUUCAUUGUAUUAGUGAUAAUCAGUUAGUUAUUAUGUUUGCUAAAACAGGAGCUUUAGCCAUAAAUUAUGGCAACCAACAACAGGUACGUGGCAUGGCUACUUUGAAGGCUAUAUCAUUGAGAUUAAAAUCAGUUAAGAACAUUCAGAAAAUAACCCAGUCCAUGAAAAUGGUGUCAGCUGCCAAAUAUACUAAAGCUGAAAGGGAUUUAAAGCAAGCAAGGCCGUACGGUGAAGGAGCGAAAUCGUUUUAUGAAAAAGCUGAAGUGGCUCCAGUUUCUGAAAGUCCAGACAAAAUACUUAUAGCUUUAACCUCUGAUAGAGGUUUGUGUGGAGCUGUCCAUACACAGGUAUCCAGGCAGAUCAGAAAUGAACUUUGUGAAGAUCCUGAACAUACAAGAGUGAUUUGUAUUGGUGACAAAUCUCGAGCUAUUCUUCAGCGUUUGUUUGGAAAAAAUAUACUUAUGGUUGCCCAUGAAGUUGGUAGAAAACCUCCGACAUUUGUAGAUGCUUCAAAAAUUGCUCAAGAAACGAGCAGAUAUAAUUUUUCAUCAGGUAAAAUAAUAUUUAACAGAUUCAAAUCGGUUGUUUCAUAUACAACUUCUGAAUUACCUCUUUUCAGUCAAGCAGCAAUAGCAGCUGCCCCAAAAUUGAGUAUUUAUGAUUCAAUCGAUUCUGAAGUACUUCAGAGUUACAUGGAAUUUUCUAUGGCUUCAUUACUUUAUUACGCCAUGAAGGAAGGUGCUUGUAGUGAGCAAUCUUCUAGAAUGACUGCUAUGGAUAAUGCUAGCAAGAAUGCAGGCGAAAUGAUUGAUAAAUUAACAUUAACUUUUAAUAGAACUCGACAAGCUGUAAUCACUCGUGAGCUUAUUGAAAUUAUAUCUGGUGCUGCAGCUCUUGAAUAAUUUAUGUUAAUUUGGAUUAUCUGAGAAAAUCCCAGAAUAGUAUAAAACAUUCAUGAUUAGUAAAGGUCCUUAUCUGUAUUUUAACUUAAACAAUUUUAUUUUGUAUUUAUUUCAACUGUUAUAGUCUUAAUAAACUAAACUGGAAUGAUAAAUUAAUGAAAUUUGUAAUCCUUGAUAUUUGGAUGUUAUGAGUUUUGAAAAAAAAAUUUUUAAUACAGUAUCAUUUUCCACACCUUA